GCGCGCGUGUGUGUGUGACGGACGGGUAUCAGGAUGGAUUAGCGGGUAAAGGUAAGCGCGCGUCUCCCUGUCGGGGCGGAUUUCCAUCCCUCUCCGCUCUGCUCGGCGCACCGACCCGAUUUGAACCUCCACCGCUGUCUCCUCUCAUCCCUUCUCUCAACCUUCUGCGACAGCCUCUCGCGAGCGCGUGUGUGUGUGAGAGAGUCCCUGUUUUAUGUGUGUGUUGGCAUUUUUCCUGCGCUAACAGACACCGGGGUGCGAUGCCAUUCCUCCCUCAGGACGCGGAGCGCUUCGAUGGGUUGUCUCUGCUUUACUGGACGAUUAUGGGCCCUCACGGCAUCAGCCGAGCCGUCCAGAGGCUGGAGUUCUCCGACUGCAAGAAAGGACUCGGUGUGAAAGUGAUCGGAGGUUACAGAGAGCUGACAGGGGAAGACUUUGGCAUCUUUAUCAAGCGGGUGAUCGCGGGCGGCUUGGCUGCUUUAGAUGGUCGGCUUAUGUCAGGUGACCUGAUUCUGGAUGUCAAUAACAUCAGUCUGAUUGGGGUGACCAAUGAGAGGGCGGUGGAGAUUCUGAGAACGGCGUCAAUCUCUAAUCACAUGUCUCUGUUGAUUGCCAGAGACAAUGAAUCCAGGAGGGAGUUUGCAGAGCUGAUGGAAAAGUACGGCUCCAACAACAUCACGGCUUCAGGACGAAUCUCUCCGACGCAGCUGUCGAUGGGGAAACUGAUGGACACGGCAUCCUCCUCCUCUUCCUCCCGAUCAGAGAGCCCCCAGCUCCUCAGUCCCAAAGAGGGAGGCGUCACUGCCUACCCCCACACGCCGCACUACACUAGCAACCCCGCCUACAGCAUGCACACAUCAGUGCACGCCUUCAGUGACAGUGUCAUUCAGUUGAUAUGUGUGGCCAAGGGAACCGGCUUGGGGCUGGUCGUUAAGGGAGGAGCCAAUCGAGCCGAAGGACCAAUGGUGUUCAUUCAGGAAAUUGUUUCUGGAGGAGACUGCCAGAAGGAUGGCCGCCUGCAGGUGGGAGACCAGUUGGUGUCCAUCAACAAAGAGUCUCUGAUUGGUGUGACAUAUGAGGAGGCCAGGAGCAUCCUGACUCGCACCAAGCUCAGACCUGACCCUACCGUGGAAAUUGCCUUCAUCAGAAGGAGAUCGUCUUCCAGCUCCAGUAGCGGCUCACACAGCCCUGUCUGCCUGCAGGGGGGUGGAGGUGGGCCCCAGUCGAGGGCCACUGGCCCAGGCCCCAUGGCUCCACAGCCAAGUGUUGUCACCAAGAUCACAUCAAGCCGAAACCCAACCUGUGAGACGCUGCCCCCAGUCAACAUCACCCAGGUGCGAGUGUCUCAAGCCAGAACAGAACCUACGUGUGUUUCAUCUCCACCCGCGAGUGACAGCAGCUCUGACACAAACCCAGAUCCGAGUCCUCAGCCACCUCAGAGGAAAUGUUCCCUCAGUGCCGGCUGUCGGUUCAAGAUGGAGAGGCUCGAGCAGGCCCUGGACCUGAUUGGUUUGAAGCCCACAGACACACAGCGACAGUUGCUCAGGUCCAGACUACUAGCGGAUGCAACUGGGACCGUGGCCUUCGCAGACUUUGAGAGCCUGAUCCGGGAGCUUUUCAAACCUCAGCUGGACGAGCUGUUCGGCACCCAAUCAGGGUCCAGCUUCACCUGUGACGACCUCUGCAGCCUGCUGGAGUCUCCCACCAACCCACCGCCGUUACUAUCAGACUCUGAUGACUUGGAGGAGAUGGAGCGUCUAAGGAAGGAGCACAUCGAAGCUCUGAGGGAAAUCAAGAGGCUGCAGGAGCAGCUGGUGGAAUCCCAGAGGGUUCACCAGGAUCUGGAGGAGGAGUUCAGCAAAGUCAAACAGGAGGUGAAAGUUGGAGCAGAGGAGAGCCGUGCCCUGAAGACUCAGAUCCAGCUGGCUGAGGAAGCUCAGAAGCAAGCCAGGGGGAUGGAGAUGGACUAUGAGGAAGUCAUCCACCUGCUGGAGGCUGAGAUCGCUGAGCUGAAGACUCAGAGUCUGGACCACCCAGCACCCAAGAAGGAGGAGACAGAGGAGCUGAAGAAGAGGGUGGCUGUUCUUGAGUGUCAACUACGGAAGAGUGACGCAGCAAAAAAGAGUUUCGAGAUGUCAACAGGAAAACUGCUAAGUUUUGUGGAGAAUGUUCAAGAGUUUCUGUUGGAAAGUCACAGACCCACAAAGAGCUUCAGCGCUGGAGAUGUGAAAGUCGGCUCUUCACCUCACAGCAUCCCUUCUCGCUACAGGAAGAGUCACGGGACGGCAGCCUCACUCGCCCAGGAGGCGAAGGAGCUGACACGGUCUGUCAGAUCCAUCCUGGAGGUUGACUUGCUGACCUUCUAGACGACCCCCCAUAGGAGAUCACAGUCAGCGAGGCAUCGGUCCGACGCCAACCUCCUCUUCCUUCUCCAAGCAUCAGCUCUCUCCUCCCUGCUGCUCCUCAUCUCUUCACCUCCUAAUGGACUGAAACCUGCAUGACAGAUCUGUUGAACGUCUUCUCCACUUUCAAACUGCUGCUGGGUGUUUGAACCUGCAGCUGGAAAAGCCAAAGUCUGAAUGUCUUCAGCAAUAAGGCAGAACUCUGGUUCUGUUGGUCCAACUGUGAUGAGCAGUUUUUUUUUCUGCAGGCUAAUGCACUGAAAGACUAAACUCAUGGACAAUAUGAAUGUUUCCAUGUUUGCCCAUUGAUCUAUUGAUCCCCCUUUAUUAUAGGAUCAGAUCAAGCAGGACUUCCUGCUAAUACGCCAAAUAUCCUCUAUUUUCAGAAAUUAUUACUAUUUAUAUUUAAAGUUUUUUUGUGUAAUGUUUGUUUUUCUAAAAAAUAUAUCAAAGAAAAUCUGAAAUAUUUAUUUUUUUCCUGAAAUAUUCAACCUUUUUUAAUAAUUUAAUUUUAACUCAAUUUUAUUCUCUCUCUUUUUUUUUAAAUAAUAUGUUCAGUUCAGUUGAAUUCCGGUUUAGAACUCCUGGUUUAUUCCUGAUUUAUUUGUAUUUCCCAUCCCAGCAGCCAGACGUCCAGGUAAUCUGUUAAAGUGGUUCAGGAUCAAACGUUUUCUAGACUCUUCUCACUUGGGUUCAAUCCUCGUACCUGAACAUUUUCACUCAUUCAGCCAUAAAAAGGUGUCUAAUCCAGGGGAUGAGCUGGAAAUAUUUUACCAAAUGACUUAUAACUUAGCAAAGAUUAUAAAUCAGAUCUACUUGUCACAGAGAAACAUUUGUUCUCAUUUGAAGCUAUAAAAAUACCAAAGAUAAAGUCUCACACAAAACUGAAUUGCUCCAAAAGGAGAUUUCACAAAGUUAAAGUUACCUCGUGGGUCCCUACUGCCUCCAUUAACACUCCAAACGGAAAAAAUGUGUCCAUCCAUUUUUGGUCAGUGCUUGGUUUUAGGAAUUAUGUGUCUGAAACAAACCUUUAAAAAAAUCCCUGUUUGUGACAUCACAACAGGAAAAGUAGAAUAUAACCACCGCUCACAUGCAAGAGAGAGCUGCUGCUGGAGGAGCAGCGGCUCUACUUCGAGCCCCUCCUGAAUAUCACAUCUUCUCUGCUAAUAUAAUAGCUCCCUGGGAUGGGUGGGCAUGGCCAGCUACAGCUGAAACAUCUAAUUUUGGAAGAUACUGAAACUGUCAGGAAUGCUGAAAUAGCUUUAUGUGAGAGGGAUUUUGUACAAAGAACUUCACGGACAUGUUUGGUAACAACCAUAGAAAUAUUAUAACUUAAGAAUAAAAGUCAUAAUAUUUCCCCUUUAAAAAAACUCAAAGCACCUAAUUCAGACAACAGUUGACAAUGUUUACAAUGUCUAUGUUGUGAAAAAAAAACUUGUUUUAUUCUGACAUUCAUUUUCAUCCUCUGAGGCAUUUUAAUAAGAACUUAAACCUUUAUAAUGAUCAAUGGGCAGAACUCCUGCAGGUUCGGUGUGGUCCUCUAACUUUACCCAUCCUAUGCCUCCGUAUCAAUACUCUCAUCAUCAAACAGCCAAUACAGAUCAAUAUAAAACUUCAGUAAUAGGUUCUGUUGUUAGCGCUUCAUCACACAGUUAGAAUUCUACUUCCUGUGCGUCACAGUUUUCUUCUCCGUGUUAGCUUGGUGUUUUAGAGGCUGUUUGUUCAGUGGAUUAGCAGAAAUAAUGAAGCAUCAUGGGACAGUGAAGUAUGGACAUGUUCAGCACCACCACUGGGAUGGAUAAAGGCAGGCUUCAAUAAAGAUGAAGAACUGGGUUCUGAAGAAUCCGCCUGCCGAGAUGAUCAUCUUGCUUCCAUCCUGUUUGGAGUUUUCUGCCGUUUCUGAGGAACUGUUCUGUUUCUGAUCAUGAGUUCUUUGUAAGCUGGAUCAGAUUUGUGAUGCUGCUGUAAAAAAUGGUCAUAGCUUCUACGUUUGACUGGGCUGUGACUGGUACGAGGAAAAUAAAAUAUUUGAUGGUAAA